AUGCUCGCGACGCCUUUGAUGCGAUGCACGCGCGUGGCUGCUGAGCGCGUCCGUUUGAGCAGCAGUGCUGCUUCUGUGCAGCUCACUCGCUCCACCGGUGGAUCUCGUCUUGCAGCGCUUCGCGAACGACUCACGGAGGAGGCGCAUCUUGGUCCGACGUUCGCCGAGCAGGCGCUGUCGCUCUCGGACUUUGCGUUUGAAGCCGACGCCACACCUGGCUCCAAGCCUUCACGUAAACCCAAUGCAUCGAACCGCAAGCCUAAGUGGCUCAAGGCGCAGCCUACGCAAGGCGCCAACUACGAGCGACUGCGCAAGACGGUCAAGAGUCUGGGACUGAGUACUGUGUGCGAGGAGGCCAAGUGUCCAAACAUUGGCGAGUGCUGGGGAGGUGGUAAGGACGGCAUUGCAACGGCAACUAUCAUGCUCAUGGGAGACACGUGUACACGUGGCUGCAGCUUUUGUGCUGUCAAGACGAGCAAGAAACCGGCUCCAUUGGAUGUUGAAGAGCCGAACAAGGUGGCAGAAGCGAUUGCUGCUUGGGGACUGGACUACAUUGUCUUUACGAGUGUCGACCGCGACGACUAUGAGGAUUUUGGUGCAAGCCACUUUGCCAAGACUGUCCGCACGCUGCGUGCCAAGCUGCCGAAGAUCCUGAUUGAAUGUCUGACGCCUGACUUUCAGGGCCAAAAUGAGCUGAUUGACCAGGUGGCCACGUCAGGACUCGACGUUUUUGCGCACAACUUGGAGACGGUGGAACGACUGCAGCGUCGGGUGCGUGAUUACCGUGCCAACUACAAACAGUCGCUCCACGUGCUCGAGCGCGUCAAGGUCGUCGCGCCGCACCUCGUGACGAAGACGUCACUGAUGCUGGGGGUAGGUGAGCGUAAUGAGGAUGUGUUUCAAACACUGCGUGAUUUGCGCAACAGUGGAGUAGACGUUGUGACAUUUGGCCAGUACUUGCGUCCGAGCACAAAGCACAUGCCGGUCAAGUCGUACGUGACACCAGAGGCUUUUGCUGAGUGGCAAAAGGUGGCCGAGCAAAUGGGCUUUUUGUACGUGGCAAGUGGACCAAUGGUGCGCUCUAGUUACAAGGCUGGUGAGUUCUUUAUGAAGAGCCUGCUCAAGAACCGGAAGGCGGAGGUUGCUACCUAG